UCUGGUUUUGAGUAGCGCGAGCGGCAGCAGUGUGCAUGAGGAACCUCCCGGCGCGCGCAGCAGGAACAAGCGGAACACCUGUCUCGAGGCGGACAGUUUAGCAAGCAGCGGCUCGCGAGCUCUCAUGUUCUGCUGUGUGGCGUGAAGCUGGAGCACGCAGCCCGGAACCCGCCACCCCUCCGCUGGGCUGGACCGGAGCAGCCAGCCCUCUGGACCGAUGUACUGGCCGAAAUGUCCAGACACAUCUACAUACGGAACAAGAUUGGCGAGGGCAUCCAAGCGCCCAUCUUUCAGGUGAAUCGAGGGACUUACUCCAGGAGGAGUCGACUCAAGAGGUCUGAUGGCAGCACCACCUCCACCAGUUUCAUCCUCAGACAGAGGCGCUCGCUGGAAUAUCAAACCUCCAUGUAUGACAAUUUGUACCUGCAUGGAUUUGAAGACUCGGAGGCGGGCUCAGCUGAUUCAUAUACUAGCAGACCAUCAGACUCAGAUGUCUCUCUGGAGGAGGAGCGGGAGGUGCAGGCCCAGGUCCAGAGCCAGAGCCCAAGCCAGAGCCAAGGACCGGGGCAGAGCCGCCAGGAGAGGGAGCAGCAGGCUGCCAUUCAACUGGAGAGAGCCAAGACUAAACCUGUGGCGUUCGCUGUAAGGACCAACGUCAGCUAUUGUGGCGCACUGGAUGAGGAUGUUCCUGUACCAGCCACAGCCAUCUCCUUUGACGCCAAGGAUUUUCUCCAUAUAAAAGAGAAGUUCAACAAUGACUGGUGGAUCGGCCGGUUAGUGAAAGAGGGCUGUGAGAUCGGCUUCAUCCCCAGCCCUCUGAAGCUAGAGAACAUCCGGCUCCAGCAGGAGCAAAAGAGAGGACGAGUCCAAGGUAAGUCUGGAGGGAACUCCUCUUCCAGUGUAGAGGAUGAGGUAUCUGCCUCUAUCCGACCUCUCAUAUCCUCGGCAGGAAAGCAGAAGCAGAAAGUGACGGAGCACAUCCCCCCGUAUGACGUGGUUCCCUCCAUGAGGCCCGUCGUGCUGGUGGGUCCAUCGCUCAAGGGUUAUGAGGUAACAGACAUGAUGCAGAAAGCUCUGUUUGACUUCCUCAAGCACCGAUUUGAUGGCAGGAUAUCUAUCACACGAGUCACAGCAGAUAUAUCGUUAGCUAAGAGGUCGGUUCUCAACAACCCCAGUAAGAGGGCCAUCAUUGAAAGAUCCAAUACUCGCUCCAGCUUAGCUGAGGUGCAAAGUGAGAUUGAGAGGAUCUUUGAGUUGGCCCGGUCCCUGCAGCUGGUGGUGCUGGACGCUGACACCAUCAACCACCCAGCCCAGCUCCUCAAGACCUCCCUGGCCCCCAUCAUUGUUCAUGUUAAAGUCUCCUCGCCAAAGGUUCUGCAGAGGCUAGUCAAGUCCAGAGGGAAGUCCCAGAGCAAACAUCUGAAUGUGCAGCUGGUGGCAGCUGACAAAUUGGCCCAGUGUCCUCCAGAAAUGUUUGACAUCAUCCUGGACGAGAACCAGCUGGAGGACGCCUGUGAGCAUCUCGCCGAAUACCUCGAGGCCUACUGGAAAGCAACCCAUACCUCGAUGGCCACACCCCUAAACCCCCUGCUGGGACGCAACCUGGGCCCUACCACCCUUACCCCUUACCCGACCACCAUCUCUGGACUGCAGCAGAGCCAAAGAAUGCGACAGAGCAACCACACAGGAGACCACUCUACUCCAAACGAACGACGCAACCUGAUGACAUCAGACGAAAAUUACCACAAUGAGCGGGCGCACAAGGGACGCAACCGCAUGUCUUCUGGCUCACAGCAUAGCCGAGAGCAGCAGGACCCCUACCAGGACUACCAGGACCCCUAUCAGGAUGCAUACAAGCCACAUCGCAAUCGCAGUUCACCGGGCAGCUACAGCCAUGACUCCCGGCACCGACUCUGAGCCCACUUCUAUCAUCACCAGGGCCCAGAUGGCCCAGAUUCCACCCAAAAUGAACGCUGCAACAGAGCCAAGACGGUCCCAAAUUGUACCUUUUUUUUUUGUCUUCAUUCACAUUAAUUUGUUUACGUGGCUAUUUUUCCUCUUUAAAAGUCCAACAAAAUGGUGUUCAGGUGUUUUUGUUUUUAAAUCAAGCUGCCAGGGCGAGCCCCGUCAAUCAACAGCACGAGUAGUCAAGAGGUUCAGGAUGCCAACAUUAUCUAAUGCUGUAAAAUGAAUUUGUUAAAUUUAUGUUUCUGGGACCGUUUGGGAUUGUACUAACACAAUGCUCAGCGAUUGUGCAGCGCAGACUGUGCUUGUUGCCUGUGUCAACCAGCUAACUAUGAAAAGUAGUCAGAUGGUGAUGGUGUGUGGGCUUCUAAGUGCCUGGGACAUCACACCAGGUCAGAGGGAAGUCCACUGCACACAGACUCUUGAAGGCUGCUGACCCCUACCUUGGGCCAUGUAUAAAUCCUCUCCCCAUUUAGCUUAUUGCAUGCUGUUAGAUGAUCAACCUCCGCAUCCACUUCAUUGAUAUUUUGUACCUAGCAUUCUGGAUUCUCCAGUGAUGAGGUGUAGAUAUGGGGGUCCAAUUUUCUAAAUCACCUGAUUGUGAGGAUCAGCGGUAGGUGGUUGGUUUACGUGGGUGUGCAGAUGAUAUCUGGCUGCUAGUUUUGAAAACUGGUGCUUCACAUUCCCAAACUAUUUUGCUAAUUGAAAGUCACUUUUGAGCAAGGCCAGCUUUUCUGUAGCAUAGUUUUAGGAUUUAAUUUGGGUGAAGACCCUCACCGUCACGAGCAGAGCAGAUUCUGAUGGUGCUGGGAUCAGAUCUCAGUUACACUGUAAGAGAAGGCAAUACUGCUUCUGUUCUUAACAGCUAGCACUUAGAGAGUUAGAGAAGGUAACAGCUUUGGCAGUCUAUCUGAUAGUACAGUGAAAUAGCAAAAUACUUCUUGAGAUGCUGUUUGUUGAGAUGCGGCCCAGCAUUAAACACAAUGCUGAGGACCUUUCGAGCAGUUUGGGAUGUUCUGUCUGAUAUUUUUGACUGAAGGACGGGAUUGGAAAUGGUUUUUCCAGUUCGCUAGACCUAACAGAGCAUCUGCUGAUGAAACUACAGGUUGUUUCGCAUUUAUUAGCAUUGAAAUCAAAGUUAUAUAGUGUUGAAACAAAAGUACAGAUGUCGGUUAAAUCUUGCGAUUGGUUCACGGUCACUGAAUUUCCUUCCUGUGGUUUUUAGGGGAUUAAAACAUUACAAAUGUGACAGGGCAGAAUCGGUUGCAUCAUGUUCAUUCUCUGUGUAGCUGGCAUGUUGUCCUGACUGCAGAGCAUGUUCCCUCUAAACGUAAAAUAGAACCCUACUGUAAUCAAGUUGAUGUUUGUAGAAGUGUAGGGGCGCCUUUCUCCAAAAGAAAAAGACAAAAAAAGAGAAGAGAAAAAAAAAAACAUGGCCCAAAUUACAGAUGAAUGAUUUCUCUGGAUCCCUGAGGUUUGUAGCUCAAUACACUGAACAGCUAAGAGAAAGCUUAAAGUAUUUGUUUUAUGUCAUUUUGAAAGUUUCAAAGAGUUUCAGUGGAUUGCAUGAAAGUGGAGCCACUAUAACAGCUUCCAAUAAUUUAGAACUGAGUUUGAGAGUGCACUGAAACAGCUGACAUAAUAGUGACAAAACCUCACUAAAAGGUUCAGCUGUGAUGAUUUACCUUACCCAUACGGCUGGAUACAGCUGCUGUAGUUGCUAAUAAUGUUUUAAGGCUUUUUGUCAUUAUCAUAGUAUACUGUACAUAUCUUACUUUUUAAGAUGCCAAAUUAUCUUAUUAUAUUAUUAUGAUUAACUAGCUCAGAUCCAGAUAACAGUUUUCUACAGCCAAUUGUAAGCCUGAAAACAGGCUUUAAUUUUUUUUUUUUUUUUUUUGCAUUAGCAUUAAAAAGAGCAAAUUAAAUUGAAAAUUUACAAAAUGCAAAAUAACAUGUUAUCUGAGUAGUUUGUCAUCUUGAGAUAAUAAAAUAAUGGGACUUUUUGGCUGCUCAUGGCUUCCAUAGUUCUGAAAGGAAGCUUUUUCUGGAAUGACUAAAUCUAAGUAAAGUAUAUCAUCUCAUUCAUGUGUUCUCUGGCAGUGUGUCUCUGUUAUAAACCACAAAAAAAAUAAAAUAAAAAAUGAUGGAAUUUUUUUACUAAUGUAGAGGACCAAACCUAACACAAAUGAACCAACUAAAGAAUGAAAUUAAUUGAACAAUACAUUUUUCAAAGUUAAUGGUCAAAUAAAUUAGAUUUACUGAAGAAAGUAUCUGAAAACUAUGCAUAAUAUGCACAAAAUGAGAAGUAACUCUAUACAUGUCUAACAUAACCAAAUUAUCUUCUUAAAAUUGUAUUUAUUUACACUUUUUUUUUAGUUAAAGUUCAGUUUUUCACAAUAUAUUAAUUCCUUCAAUUGAUUCCUUUGAUUGAUCAUUAUAACUUAAUAUUUCAUAUUUUGUGACACAACGAGAACACGCCGCCAGGGAAAUCACAGUAAAACGCUUGACAGCAGAUAUGUACAGUAUAACAGACUCUUUUUUUGUGAGAAAAAUUUUUCUUGGCAAGUUUAGACAGAUGUUGAUGUUACUUCAUUUAGACCUUCUAGGUGUACAGCACUGACUGCUGCAGCAUCAGAUUAUCUUCCUUACAGUGAAUGGACCUCUUAACAAAAUGCUCAGAAAAUAAAUCUCUUUUAACACAGGAUCCUUUCCCUUAAAUAUAGUGAAUUAUGUUUUUUUAUCAUUAGAUCUAUACACAGUGCUAUCUAAAUAUUUAAGAUUUGAAUCAUGAACGUAUUCAUCAAAAACCCUACACUAUGGAGGAAACAUUGAUGCACUGACCCACGUUGAGUCGUGGGUCAGUGCUUCAAUUGGAAAGUGUCAUGAGACAACUUCCUUUGUGAUUUGGCGUUAUAUAAAUAAAUUGAACUGACCACUAAUGUUCACAAGGUUCAUAUCUGUUGUGCUUUUGACCCAAUAUCAUGGUUUGUUCUGGCCAGGUGUGGCUUGUUGCACGUUUGACCGCAACCAAUUGUGGUGUAGUGGUCAAAGCACUCUGCAACCAAUAGAUGACAGCGGGAUUAUUAACCGUGGUCAAGCUGCUCUUUGAAUCGACCCUAUCACUAGCAAGCUGACACUGGACGAUUCU